AUGAGAUUGACAUUGCGGCAGCUUGAGUCGCAAGCCUCGGUCAUUGAGACGCUGCGUCAGGAAGUCAUCAGCCAGACCACGAUCAUCAACGCAUCACUGGCCGACGCGUCCGAGGACCCCAGCCAAGCAGAGGUUAGUGCCCUCGCGGCGGUCAUCAACCCGGCCUUUGAAGCCAUCACCGCCGCCAUCGGCUCCGCCACGAGCAACGUCAACAGAGGUCGUCGUCUCCGGCGCCAGGAAGACGACGGGGAAGAAGGAGCGUCUUGCGAUGCGCAGUGCCUGACGGAGAGGGUGCUCGAGGUCGUGUACGAGAUUGUCAGCACGGUGCGCGCCGUCAUUGAGCGCAUCGGACUCGGCCCUGUGCUACUGCGCGUCAACCCGCUGCUGUUGGCCCUCAGCGCGUUGGUGCUGGCGCUGAACGUGCUUGUCACCGGUCUGUUGGUCACUGUCACUGCUGUCGUCGCGACGGUUCUGGGUGGUCUCGGUCUCGGGCUGCUGCUUUUGGGGUGGGGCUAG